GGAGGAGACCAACAAAAACCAGGCGUUUCGAAUCACCAUCAUAAAUUAAAGGCAUCGAAUCCAAUACCAAAUCAAAACCCUCCACACAUCUCAAACCCAGAAACAAAAAAAACCAUCCUUUUCCGCCUAAAACCCACAUCCGAGACCAUGCAAGGAGCCCCAAAACAAAGCGAAGCUCCAGAAGAAGAAACAGGCGGUGCCGCCGCAGUGUUAAUGGAAAAGCGCGGUGUCGUUCAGGAAGUUGUGGAAGCGCAGCCUCAUCCCUACUCUUUCCACGUCUCGGGUCCUCGGAAAUUGUGUUCGCCCAAUUGGAGAGACAAUAUCAGCUCCAGUUGGAAGGAUGGGAAUUACAAAAGAACUGUCAUUGCAUGCUUCAUACAAGCAAUCUACUUACUUGAACUUGAUAGACAGGAGAACAGAGAUGCAGACAAUGCUCUUGCCCCAAAGUGGUGGAUACCUUUUAAGUAUAAACUAACACAAACUUUAAUUGAUGAAAGGGAUGGAUCCAUUUUUGGUGCAAUUCUGGAGUGGGAUCGAUCUGCAGCACUUGCGGAUUUUGUAGUCAUGAGACCCAGUGGGGCACCAAGAGCUGUUUUAGCACUUAGAGGAACAUUACUCAAAGGCCCAACGAUGCGAAGGGAUAUCGAAGAUGACCUUCGUUUUCUUGCUUGGGAGAGCUUGAAGGGAUCUAUCAGGUUCAAAGUAGCUCUGGAGGCUCUGAAAACUGUUGCAGAAAGGUAUGGAAGCAGUAAUGUAUGCAUUGCAGGCCAUUCUUUAGGAGCUGGUUUUGCUCUACAAGUGGGAAAGGCAUUAGCUAAAGAAGGGAUGUAUGUAGAGACUCACUUAUUCAAUCCACCUUCAGUUUCUCUGGCAAUGAGCUUCCGAAAUAUUGGAGAGAAAGCAGGAUUUGCUUGGAAGAGAUUUAAAUCAAUGCUUCCUAUGAGUAGUGAAACUCAGGUCAAUAAUGAGGAGGACAAGGCUAUUGGUUUUGGAUUGAAGAACUGGUUAUCUGGUUUAAAGGGUCCUCCUGGUGUAGGAUUGGGAAAAUGGGUUCCUCAUCUUUAUGUAAAUAAUAGUGACUACAUCUGCUGCUCUUAUACUGACCCUGAUGGAAUAGAAGGAAAUAAUGCCGGGAAGGAGAAUGUGGGUCCAAGUUCAACAACUGGGCAAGUAGCAGCAAAGCUAUUUGUGAUGUCAAAGGGAAACCAGAAGUUUCUGGAAGCUCAUGGAUUAGAGCAAUGGUGGUCUGAUGAUCUGGAACUUCAGCUGGCUCUCCAUAACAGUAAGCUCAUCAGUAGGCAGCUGAAAUCCUUGUAUAGCCUUCCAGCUCCUCAACCAGCACUUCCUAGAUAACAAAGGCUGAUGUUUUCGAUUCAUUCUUGGAUGAAUAAAUAGCUCAAUUUCGAUUUGGUUCUUACAUACUGUCAUGGUGUUGUUCUUCUUCUUUGUCGUUACUUGAUAUUAGUUUAUAAUGGAUUCUGCCUUUACUUGUGUUUGAUAA